GCCGGAUACGCGUUACAAGAACCAUCCGAGAUUGCCAUUCCUCAAAUCAUCGGCGCGAUGAAGAAAGAGUACCUCCGACCCCCAAGCGCGUUCGGGGACGCGCCGUCGCUGCCAUCGCUGCCGAGCAUGAGCCAGCUCAUGACGCGGUCACCGCACCACCAUGCGACGUACCCGCCGUCGCCCAGCAGCAGCGACCAUGCCUACCGCGCCAAGCCCAUGCAGGGAUACCCGCGCCACCCGCAGCGCGCGCCGCCGGUUUACUACCCCGAGCCGCGCCGCGAAGUGUACGGUCGCGCGCCAGCGUACGCGCAGAUGAACGAGCCGUACUACGAGAGCAGCGUGCCGCGCCAGCAAAUGUUUGCGCCGCCGCCGCGCCAGUACGCGCACCCGUCGUACUACGCGUACCCGACCGAGUACGAGCGCGGAAUGCCCAAUGAAAGCAGCUUCAUGCCGCGCCACGAGUACCCCGUGCAGCAGCGACCGUCGUACGAAGCGGACGAGUACGCCCAUCACGCGAGUCUCCAGCACAACAAGCCGGCGCCCGUCUACUCGCCCGAGUCGUCCGACGUUCAGGAUGGCAAGGACGCCAAGAAACGCGAGCGCUGGACGCAAGAAGAGCAUGCGCGGUUCAUGGAAGGCCUCAACAUGUACGGGCGCAAGUGGAAGAAGAUCCAAACGCACGUCAAGACCAAGACGGCGGUCCAGGUCCGGACGCACGCGUACGGGUACUUUGCCAAGCUUUUGCGCAAUAUGCCUGAGGAAGAUGCGAUCUGGGAGGUCGCGGAGGUCGUGAGCUCGCUCCCGAGCUCGGUCCUCAAGGGGCCCGGCAGCGGCAAACGCCGCACCGAGCCCACGACGGGCGAGGACGGCAUGGACGUCCUCCGCAAGUUUGUGUUUUCCAAGCGCAAGCCAGACGAGAAAAGAAAAGCAACUACGGACGCGGCCGCCGACUCGACGAGCGACGACUCGUCCGACGUGUCGACGCCCGACACGGUCGCCUCGCGCAAGCGGGACACUGACGCGCCAAGCAGCGAGCCCAAGCGCCAGCGCACAAGCCAUGCGUCGUCGUCGCCGUCGUCCGCUGUCCUCAAUGUGCGUCUCUCGAGCCCAACGAUCACGAACGAAGCCGCGUGAGCUGCGUCGCCCCUCCUUGGCGCCUCUGUCGCGACCCAGCCGGCCUUUCUCGCGACGUUAAUCCAAUAUGCGAGCAUGUGCCCCGAUGUUGCUGUGUACCAUACAACCACUGAAUAUUAGCACGACCUAAGUAUUACACCAAGAGAAUCAUGGUACUGAUCGCGA